CGCGGUCUCAUUGGAAAAAGGAAAGGCUCAUUGAUUCUAGAAAACCAAAUCUGUCUAGGAACAGGCAUCCUACCUUAUCCUACUCUGAUCCCUCGCCAUGUUCAAAAAGAAGCCCACGAUCAAAAACCUGUCCCCUCUGCGGUCUUCCGAUCGUCGAAAAAUCGCCGACCAAAUCAUCAGCGAUUACAAGAUCGAAGUUCCCUCCAACACCCCAGCGGAAGACUCCAGCGCAUCGGCCACCACCGCGCCGAGUCUCACCACCGUCCGAAAUGCUCUUCUCCCCGAUAAUUCGCUGUCCGCGCGCUUCACGACGACGGCGGGACCUCAGCUGAAGGAGGUGCAGGGCACAGUGUACGUCGGAUCACAUGGAGGGAAUGAAGAGCGGAUUCUGUGGUUCAGGCUGGACCACGGCCCCGGUGCCGAUGGACGCCUAUACCCCACCGUCUACACGCUGUGGAAUAAUCCCAACCUGGUUCCCCUGGUGCACACUCCGGAUUUCGUGAUGCAGAAGCUGCGUGGAGGCGCCGAUCUGAUGACACCCGGGUUGGCGAAUGAGCCGCCGUUCCCCGAGCGUGCGGUCAAGGGAGCCGUGAUUGCGGUGGCGGGUCUGGACCGGCAUACGGUGCCGUUGUUUGUGGGGAUCUGCGAGAUUGAUAUUUCGGCCCUCGGGGAAGUCCAGGGCUCGAAGGGACAUGCAGUCCGAGGCUUGCAUUGGGAGGGAGAUGAGUUGUGGGCUUGGAGUUCAUCUUCCCGACCUGGACAACCGUCUCCGGAGUAUAUCGAGGGCUGGGACGAGGAUCUCGAGAGUGAGGAGGAAGGUGCAGAGGAGGUCCAGGAGAGCUUGGAUGAUUUGACGUUGGCUGAAAAGGACGCCGGCCAAACCGAAGGGCAGGAGGAGCCUCUAGGCGAAACCCCCGAGGAUGAGCCCGAGGAGACGGAAGCAGCUCCGGUGGAAAAGGAGCCUUCUAUGAAAGAAAUUGACGAGGCCUUUGAAAAGGCAUUCCUUUACUCCUUGCACAAGCUCAAGCAAGACAAUCCCUCAUCCCCAAACCACGGUCUAUCCCUCCCCAUCCAACCCUCCGCUCUCAUCUCGAACAUGAUCACGCCAUUCCUUCCUAUAUACACGGCACAGCAAGCGCAAUUCUAUCAGAUCAAGAAGACGAGCUGGAAGAACGUCAAGAAAUUCAUCAAGUAUUUGGACAAGCAGCGACUAGUCAAGUCCAAGGACCGCAAUGGUCAAGAGACCAUCAUCUUGGAUGUGGACUUUAAUGACCGCCGCGUGGAACAGUUUGUCCCUUACCGACUUCCUAACAAAAACGCCCUCGAGAGCGCUGGGAAGUCCGGCGCAGCUGGAGCCAAGAAGCCCGAGGCUGAUGGAGGCGACCCUGCCGUUGGCCAAACGCUCACCGUCCAAACGCUCUACCGCCCAACGCCCAAGGUCGUGCCGACUCUCUUUGCAGCGUUAUCCAGCACCGACCCCAACAACUAUUACAAGUACACGGACGUCUCCAACGCGCUGGACAAAUAUCUCCAGGCUCAGAACCCUCCAAUCGUCAGCAAGGAAAACCGCCGCAUCAUCAACCUCAACCCCUUCCUCGCCAAUAGCAUCUUCACAUCUUCGUCCGCCGAGGACAAAAGCACCGUCGCCCGCGGAAAGACCACGCGCGACGGCCUCCUGAAGCGAAUCGUGGAAGACAACGGCCUGUUGAACAGAUACUACGUGAUUCUCCGGGCCGGACAAACGCUGGCCGAUGUGAAACCCCGGCCUGGGGUAGCCCCCAAGGCCAACGUGAUUCUGGAGCGUCGAACGGGCUCGAAGACCGUUACGCGGGUCUCCAACCUAGAGGUCUUCGGCAUCAUUCCGAGCUUGCUGGCCGAGGAGCUGCAGAAGAAGUGCGCCAGCAGCACUAGCGUGACCCAAGCCAACGGGGCGCCCAAGGGCGUGAUGGAGGUUCUCGUGCAGGGAGAUCAGCGACGUGCAUUGGAGACGGCGCUGUCCCGACGAGGGCUCAAGUCGCAAUGGGUGGACACGGUGGACAAGACCAAGAAGAAGAAAUGAUUCUCUAUACUUGGGGGUUGGCUGUAGAUACUAGAUAUCCCACGAGACGAUUCGGGAAGAGCAAUGAAUUGCAUAUGUCUAAU